AGGUUUUUUGAAACACUUUGUGAAUCUCAUUUGCAGCCAGAAUUGAGAACCUUCAGGAUUACCACUUAAAAUGCUUUCUGUCAAAGGAAGAAACCAAGAUGUGAAAUACGAUCACCCAGCUGAUGUUAAGAGAAAGUAGAUCAGGUCUCUGCGUCCAGAGCUGGUCCACACUGCCUCCUUCUAGCCCAACCCUGAGACAUAUUCACCAGAGGCGCCAGGACGUUUCCAGUGCCCUAGAGGACAGCUUGACAGGCAGCAUGGCAUCAUGGAUAGAGGGCAGCACCACUAGAGAAGGGUUCAGCAAAUCCCCUGCAUCCUUCCUGCCUCUGCCCCCAACAUUCCCUGGCUCCCAGCUCUGUGACAUCACAGACAACCUCCUCUCUGCUCUGCCAGCUGCAGGGGAAGUGGGCUCAUAUUCAAGAUCGGCAGAUUCAACAAGGCCCCCUGCAGGCAAACCUGGCAGACUAGGACUUCAACUCCUUCCCAUGGCCCACAAAAGCCUGGCCUCAAAGAUCUUCUGCUUGUGCUGCAGAGACUGUAAGGAGCCCCGAGAUAUGGAUGAUUCCAACACCUCCAGUCAAACCCAAGAACACCAGACACUGACCGGUUUGCAGCUUCAGAAGAAUGAACGCGGCAGACAGAAUCCCAAGCUCGCCAACACAGGAAAACCCAUAAUCUAUGCAGAAGAGGACUCCUUCAGCAGCAGCUACGAGUUUGAGCAAUCCAUGAGAAGAACAUGCCCCAGUGGACCUACUAUUCCAAGAAGGCAACCAAAACAUGGCGUCAAAGAUCCUCUGUUGUUGCUGCUGCAAGGACAGCAAUGGGUCAUCUACGAUCUCUUCUUACUCCCAAGAACCGAGAGCAUGUCCAGAGCGUCAUCCACGGUCUUUGAGUAGGUUCCAGAUAUUUGAACAGAGAUUUUCGCACAUAUUUUUUUAAGAAGAGACAGCUACAGCACUCUCCCAAUUGGGCGAUGAAGGCCUGCCCUCAUGGGAGGCCCUGAGCCUUCUAGGGGCAGCCCUCACGCACGUGUCUGAGGCUGCACAGCUGCCAGCGUGGCACUAGGAGGGUAGGGCGGUGAGCCCAAGCCAUGAGGACUGAUUCGGAAACUCCCCCCAGGAGGAGAAGAUGUCUGAGCCAUCCCUGUGCCUCCAGCAAGUCA